CAAAAAUAGAACACGGAAGUUGACAAAAACGAUUAAUGGAGUAUACUUGUACAAGCUGAAGGUUGAAACAUGACCAAUAUUCAACGUUGUUUCAACGUCAGAUAGCAACCAAACAGCAACAGAGCAUCUCCUACGGUUGCUGAAGAUUGAAAUAAGGUUGAUGAACGUCAGAACCAAGUUUCAACGUAGAUUCAACGUUUUGUGUUUGCUUGGGAAAGCAUUAUGUUAGCAUUAUCUGUGAGACAUUACCAUGAGAGGUAAAAACAGAAAAGUUAUGGAAGGUUCAAGUAUAAUAGUAAUAUUCAGUAUGCUGCUUGGAAAUACAGUGGGGAUAAGUAAAAGUGUUUAUAAUAUGGACUCUGCCCUUUCAUGUGGUUACAUUGGUUCACAGACUUUAGAGAGUGGCCAGUCUGUAACUGUCAAUGCUAAGGAGAAUGAUACAUCAUCAUCCUCUGAUCUUGGAUGUACGAUAAAUUUCCUUACAUUAGACCAUGAUGCAACAAUAAGGGUGGACUUUGUAAGCUUUGUUAUCAAUACUUCUGAUGUGAAACUCUAUCUUUCCGGGGACGCAAGUGGACAUUUUACCUACUACACUUUUGGUGACAAUCCCAUCACUUACACUUCUGUUGGACGAACAGUGACUAUCACUUUACACAGACAGAGUGUAUCAGCUAACCAGUAUGAUUUCCAGCUUAAAGUUACAGCUAUAAGAGAUGAUAGGUAUUCACGAUCCAGUUGCAGUAGGACUUGUGAUAGGUAUUAUUGGAUCUAUUUUUGGAGUCAUGUUUAUUGCAUCGUGUGUUGGAAUCUGUUGCUUUCGAAAGUACCGAGCUAGGCGCCGGUCAUUUGUUUUUGAACACAAUACUAAAAAAAAUACUUUGUUUCAGGAUGUUUUCUAUGUUGCCUUUUAUCAUCAAAUGUUAAUCGUAUGAUACAAAAUUAUAGUAACUGUACUUCCUAGUAAUUUCUUCACUUUUGUCAAAAUAUUGUUUGUUAGCAAAAGUUAUAUUUCACUACAAAAUUAAAGUUGAUAUGAAUACUAGAUUACAAAAUGCAAUAUUCAUUGUGACUUUAAAAUUUACUUGUACCUUUAAAUUGUUGUUUAAUAACAUAUCCAACGAGAUUAUGUAUAGUAUAUGUUUUUGGUAUUGCAAAGCCUGUUUCAAGCUGUCAAUUUUUAAAAUUGUUUGAUAGAACAUUAUAUACGCUGUAUAUCCUAUUAAGAUCUUCACCUUUGUCUUUUUGUUUUGUUCGCAAAAGCUAUAUUUCAUUACGAAAUUAAGGUUUAAAUAAUUACUAGAUUUACAUAAAGAAAUAUUCUCUGUAACUCGAAAAACUUUGACUUCCAGCAUACAUUACUAGGUCAUGUAUCGUAUGUUUUUACCGUGGCUCAUUCUGCUUUUUCAUGCAGUUUCUUUUUAUUAUCAAAAGUUUAUGAUAUGAUCUAACAUAAUAGGAGCAAUAAUUUCUAUUCAGUAUUUUAACUUCACAACUUAUACUUAAACACCAUACAUUCUAGGCUCUAUAUCGUCUUUUUUCUUUCUCUCGGAAAUUGUUACACUCAUUUCAUUAAUCCUAUGAUCGUAGGAAGAAUCAGUAAAAACUAUUACACAGCUUUAGAGUUAACAGUGAUAAAUAAUCAUCAUGGACUUGUCCAUCUAUGAUUUUAGAUUAUACCAAUUAAAUAUUAUUAUAAUAGUGUUGUUCCCUAACUACUUACUGAGUGAAUAGCGAACAGAAAAGAUCCUGGUCUGCAUUGGUCGCAAGGCCAUAAGAGUUUGCCGUCAGUUUAAUUCACGAUUCGUGUUUUGUGUAAAACAUUAUUUGAGUGGUGCUGUGUAAUAUAUGUAAUUCCUGUUUUAAAUGUUUAUUUACAGACACUGUUUCUUGUGCGUAAAUAUUUCUCUUGUGUACAUAGAUAUACGUUCAGGAUUAUGUUUCUUGUAUUAACAAGUGUUAAAUCGUGAAGCUGAAUAUAUAGACAGUCCUCUUUGUGUAGGCUUAACGGAGGAAUUAACUUAUUUUAUAGCUUUUAUAAAAUCUUAGCUAUCAUAUUUUUUUUUCAUUUUUUACGUGCUAGAAUACAGCUGCAAGAUAAUUGUAGUAUUCUAAUUUCAAGCACAAAUUUAUGUAUUAGAUGUGUAAUAUGUAAUGUAUUUCUGUAUAUUUUAGAUGACGUAUUCAUAUUCUUGAAUAAUACUUUUAUUUGACAAUUCUAAAAUAAAGUAUUAUAUACAUUU